AUGGCGCGAGAUAAGUCACAUAUUGAAAAUGAAUUUUGUGGUUGUCAGGAGAAUGGCAACCAUCAUAUGGCAAAAGCGAGUUACAAGGCGGCGGUCGGAAUAUGUAACCGUCUCGAAGGCAAAUCCAGCAUUAAGGAGGACGUGUUGAAACGGCUGGUUUGGGCCAGAAAGAAGGUGAAGAACGGCCGGACAUACUCCGUUACUUGUAACUGGUGUAAUGCCUCGGAUCCAUCGUAUGCUAAUCGCAUGUCGGCUGGAAAGAGGCAGCGUUUGACGGAGAGCAAACCGAAGACGCCCUUGAGAAAGCGCAAGUGCAGAGACGUAGCUGAGAAGCUAGACGUCAAGCAAGCGGACGAUAUAACGACAACGUCCAAGGCAGCGACGGCAGCGAAACGACAUUUGGCCGUCGCGCUCAUAGACCGCAGUAACCCCCUGGGACAAAUGUCAUAAGAGCGAUGAAAAAUAAUGGAAAUAAAGCUAUUGAAAGCCUUCCUUGCGAGAAUGGUCGCUGAACCAAGGGCACCCAUGCCGUCAUUUAAUGGAGCAGGAUGGCUUAGCGGAGUCAAAAUCUUGAAAUGUAAUGCCGACUCGACGCAUGGAUAA